AUGUGGAGCAGGCUGGACCAUCUCGGUUUGCUGCUGCCAUCGCUCCGGGAUGAGCGGCAGGGAUUAGGUGACCCUGUUCCCCCGGGCUGGCCUGGAGCUCGGGUGUCGGGGGGUGGGGGGGGCCGCAGACGCCGCGAGGAGCCAGCGCCCAGCCUCCUGCCGGCCGGCGGAGGCGCGAUCGACCUUCCUGCCGCGAAGAGCUGGCCUGACAUCCCCUGGCUCGCGCGCUUGAGCAGGAACCUGUUGUUUCAGGAGUCAGUCACCUUUGAGGACGUGGCCGUGUACUUCACCCAGAAUCAGUGGGCCAGCCUGGAGCCUGUGCAGAGGGCCCUGUACAGGGAGGUGAUGCUGGAGAAUUAUGCCAAUGUGGCUUCCCUGGCAGCAUUUCCAUUCUCCAAACCAGAUCUGAUAUUCCAGCUAGAGCGAGGGGAAGCACCCCGGGACCUGGAUCCCUGGACACCCGGGGAAGCGGAGGCCCUGAGAAGUGUCUGCACAGGGGGUAAAACCAAGACUGAGAAUGAGGAGCAAAUGCUGAAGCUGAACAUGCCUAAAGAACCAGAGUGGGCCAGGCUGACAGCAGAGAUGCUGCUGAUGGAUGCUGCCCGGCACCCUCACUUGAAAGGCAGCUUCGAGAAGCCACUGCUGCGUGACACAGGGAAGAGAAACUCAAAGAAAGGAGAUUUCACAGACUCCACAGUCCAGGAUCAUAAACCCUCCACCGUUGAAAGAGAAGGGAUAGCCAGGAAGUUGGAAGGCAGCAGUGGUGUCGGCACACAUCUCAUUACAAAGCAGGGCCUCCCUAGAGAACAGGUGCGUUAUAAAUGCGGUGAGUGUGGCAGGUAUUUCAACCAACAUUCAGAUCUUCACCAGCAUCAGGAAAUUCACACUGGUGAGAGACCCUACAAAUGCAAAGAAUGUGGGAAAGCCUUCAGAUAUAACUCCAAACUGUUGCGGCACCAGAAAAUCCACACUGGGGAGAAACUGUACUCGUGUGAGGAAUGUGGACAAGCCUUCAGUCAAAACUCCCACCUCCUUCAGCAUCAGAAACUCCAUGGUGGGGAGAAGCCCUAUGAGUGUAAGGACUGUGGGAAAACCUUCAGCUACAACUCAAAACUUAUUCGGCACCAGCGAAUCCACACUGGGGAGAAACCCUUUAAAUGUAAGGACUGUGGGAAGGCUUUCAGGUGUAGUUAUGACUGCAUCAUCCAUGAGCGAAUUCACACUGGGGAGAAGCCCUACGAAUGCAAGGACUGUGGGAAAAGUUUCAGUUUGAAUUCAGUCCUGACUCAGCAUCAGAGGAUCCACACAGGGGAGAAACCUUAUGAAUGUAAGGAGUGCGGCAAGGCCUUCCGCCGGAGUUCAGUAUUUCUCCAGCACCAGCGGUUUCACACCGGGGAAAAACUCUACAAAUGCAAUGAAUGUUGGAAAACAUUCAGCUGUAGCUCCCGCUUUAUCGUACAUCAGAGGAUCCACACCGGGGAGAAACCUUAUGAAUGCCAGGAGUGUGGAAAGGCGUUCAAUCAGAAAAUCACCCUGGUUCAGCAUCAGCGAGUUCACACUGGGGAGAAACCUUAUGAGUGCAAGGAUAGGUGCCUGGGUGCAGUAACCUACAAAUUCUACAUGGGGUGAACAUGGUGCCCUCACACUGGUGAACACCAGCGGGAAGAAGAAGAGAAACCCAACAACGACUCCUGGAGCCCCUGCCUCAGAAGAGUCCAUUCCUGAUAGGUAUCAUGCAUGCCUUUAGACACGUCCUCACACCUAUUUCGCGUCCUCUGCGAUUAAAUCUGAAUUUGUGAGUGGUGGAACCUUUUCAUUAAUUUUAUAUAAUGAACUACUGAGGCAACACCAAGAAGAGUUUAAAGGACGCUAAUUGUACCAGAUGUUAUGAUCUCAUUGGUUUGGCCAUACUUUCCGUCUAGUGGUUACAGACUCUGACCUUUCUUGAAAUCAGUUUCAGGAAAGUGUAGCAACAUGGGGAAGUAUGUAAAUAAUGAUGUGGGGAUACGGUACUCAGAAAAUGAUAUGUACACUGUUAUAACACCGUAAAAUUUUAUCUGCAAGUGAGGGCAUAGCAAGAUAUUCUGGUUUUGGUUUUGGUCAGAUUUAGUGAAAUAUACUAUAUAAAUAGUAAAAUUCACCCUAUUAAAGAACAGUUUGGUGAGUUUUGAUAAUGAAUACAGUUGUGUAACUAAGAUAUAGAAAAUUUCCAUUACCCCCAAAAUUUCCCUCAACACAGUGAGGAAUUUAAAUCCGUGAGAUGUUGGGGAUUUUUCUUUAUCUUCAUUUCUUGAUAAGGUUUGUGCAAUACACAGGAGAAUAAAAGGCAAAAAUAAAACUUAUUUACUUAGCUUCCAGAAUAUGUGAAGAUCCCUCAGCCAGAAUCAUGCUAAGAAAAGCAGUCAAAUAUGGAAAAUCACAAUGACCAUGGUUUCUUUGUCAUAUUUCUGACACACACAUCUACACACAUGACUGAACAUCUUCUUUAUGUGAGGGUGUGCUCCAGUGAGAGAAGAAUGAGGAAGACACUGUGUCCAGAAAAACAUGGGUUCAUUGUGGGAAAACAGUGCAGACUCAGGACGAUGGUUGUGUAGAGUAGCAGGGCUGGAAUCUCGUGUCCUCAUACCAAGGAGAAUUUGUGAAAAAUUUAGGCUAUCAUAAAGUCAAGUAGUGGAAUACAGAAAGGCAACUAGGAAUUUUUUUUUAAGUUGUACAAUAAAGGGAAUACAAUCUUAGUAUAGCAUUUGGCUCUGCAGUGAGCAGUGUAUACCAUAUAGGAAAAGGUCUUUCCAGGUUGUUAGAAAAAUUGGAGGUAGAGAUAUUGUUCAGAGACACCUGGGCACUGACUCGCUUUCCCCUGGCGCCCACCACCACGAUCACUGCUGUCACCUAACUAAUCCUGGAUUUAUGUCAGGGACCAAAAGCGCCCAGAAUUUAAACAUUCCUUUACACAGAAGUAUACAUUUGUGUGUGUAUAUGUGUAAAUUCUUAUUAGCUCACCUUGAGUAUGAGAGCUUGGUUCACAAAAGAUGAGCUUCCAUGUAGAGGACCCAGUGCAGUAUCCUAUGUGGGCAACAUGAGCAGCUGCUGUCUGGGGCGCUGGCACCAAGUAAACUGCUGAGAACCUGCGUUUGCUCCUGCUCUCUGUGGUUGUCUCAUUUCCAAUACGAUUUUGUAACACUUCACUAAAUCUUACCCAACCAUAUGGAAGUGCUGCAUUAAGUUUUCUCAGGUCAUUUGUCAUUUAUGGCAGGGGAAAUUCUGCAUUGUUUGCAUUAGUUUCAUAUUUCUUUUGUCUAUUCUUUUUUUGCAUAAAGGUUCAGAUAAAAGGACAUUAAAUAUU